GGUCCUCACGAGGUCCUUUAAUUAAUCGUUCAGUCAACUUCGAAAUUCGAAUAAACAAGAGCCAAUAUUGUUGUUCUUUAUUCCUACAGGAUUUAUAAUUUAUAUACUAUUAGUUUUAUUGUAUGCAAUAUAACGAUUUAUGAAAAACUAAUAUAAAAUAAUGACUAGACGGUCACAAAAGAACUCCUCACCCGCUACGGGUCCUAUAACUAAACGAAUAGAAAACUCCUGGAUUAUGCUUAUAAAAGAUUCAUUAUUCAAAAACAACAGUUUUACGAUAAUAUCACUACCACACCCCGCACAUGGAAGCCUUACGAGAUAUUGCCUGGAUGAAGAAAAUAAAAAAGUAUACGAAAUCGUAACAUUCAAUGAACCAUACAGAUCUUGGUUUAUUGAUGAGACGGUUAAGUCUGAUGGAAGCAUAAUGCUAGUGACCCCGGUAAAUCCUUUAUUUUUAGUAUUGCCUAGGCUAAGGGAUCAAUGUAACAGCAGAGCUGUACCUUUGGACGAUUUAUUAUCAGAAAAGGGAUUUGAUAAAUUAAUAAAUUUCAUAGGUAAUGUCUUGGACAAUGUGGGUGAUCUAAAGGGUUCCAGUGAAAUGAAAGCCUACAAAUACAAUGAAGAAAAGACAUUAAAUUGGCUUAAAAGCAGAGUAUUAAAAUUAUCUACUGUGUUGAAGGAAAAAAAUCUGCAUGUUACAUCUGGUGCAACAUCUGCCACAUUUGUAGCUAGUACUCUUACUAAUGAUUCUGUUGACGAAGAAUUUUAUCUGAAAUACGCACAUGGAAUCAUAUCAGAAUAUCUGCAAGAUGAUUUAGUAGAAUUAUUAGAGAAGCAAUUUGAUUUCAAGGCAGAACUAAUUGAAACCAUUGGGAAGAAAAGAAAAUCUGAUGCAAGUGAAUUGAUUCAAUCACACAAAAAGAUUAAAUCUGAACCAAAUGAAGACAUGGAUGUAAAACCUAGUGAUUUGAGCUUUAAUAGCAGUGAAAUUAAAAAACAAAAGCCACUAACGGCUAAAGAAAAAGCAAGGCAAAAGGCAGCAAGUGGAACAAAAACAAUAUCAGCGUUUUUUACAAAGAAAUAAUUAUUAUUUAUCUGAAUGUGCAAUUUUAACAUGAAUAUUGUAAAUAAAAUAUGUAAUGAUUUUUUUAA